CCAUGGCUUCGACUGAUAGAAAACAUGCAAAUGUAGAAGACGAGCCAGUUUUCUCCCUUCGCAGAGAGAGGGGUUUUGCACCCACUUAUCUCUGCCUAUUUCAAGAAUUCUGGUGUCCAGAUCUUUUUAUAGAAGGUGUAAAAAGUUUUCAAAAGUGCUUUGAAGCAAAAGAUAGUGAUGCUGUUGUUGCAAGCUUUCCAAAAACAGGUACUACUUGGUUGAUAGCCCUUACUUUUGCCAUUGUCAACCGCAAACACUUCUCUGCACAGAACCAUCCAUUACUUACUUCCAAUCCUCAUACACUUGUGUCUUCCCUUGAGUCUAAGAUCUUCUUCGGUGAUGAAACCCAUGACCCACUUCUUCACCUAUCCAAUAUGCUUGAGCCAAGACUUUUCAGUACUCACACUCCUUUCACUGCAUUGCCUAAAUCACUCAUUCAGUCUAAUGCUAAGAUAAUAUACAUUUGUAGGAACCCAUUUGACACUUUUCUUUCGUCAUGGAUUUACUUUAACAAAUUGAUGUUAAAACCUUUACCAGCAUUAGAAUUAGAGGAAGCUUUUGAAAUGUUUUGCGAUGGAAGAGUUCUCUUUGGCCCUUGGUGGAGUCAUAUGUUAGGGUAUUGGAAGGAGAGCUUGGCCAGACCAAACAAGGUUCUGUUCUUAAAGUACGAGGAUCUUAAGGAGAAUGUCAAUUUUCACGUGAAAAGCAUCGCAGAGUUUUUGGGAUGUCCUUUCAGUGCUGAAGAAGAAAGUGAUGGAGACAUUGAAAGUAUAAUGAAGCUAUGUAGCUUUGAGAAAAUGAAAGAUUUGGAGGUAAACGUUUCAGGAAAGUUAGACAAAUUCAUUGACAAUAAGUUAUUCUUUCGGAAGGGUGAAAUAGGUGAUUGGGUAAAUUACUUUUCUCCAUCUAUGAUAACAAAAUUAUCCAAAGUUAUUGAAGAAAAGUUGAGUGGAUCAGGUCUUUCGUUUAAAAUGUAUGCUUAAAACUUCAAGAGCCAAACACAUGUAGCUGUGUCUUUGGCUCAAAUGUUGUCGUCACUUUUUCUUUUGCUGAAUAAAGAGUCGUCAUAAUGUAAUGUGGCUACCUUCCUGUAACCAUCCAAUCCGAGUUGAAUGGA